AUGCACGGCCUCCGCCAACGCUCCCGUUCUGCCUCCUUGGCCCUCAUAAUGCGGGAGGUGGAACCGGAUACGCCCUUGCGACCUGGUUUCCCUCGACGACAGUCUAUGAAGCGAGGGACGAGGAGCUUGUUGGUUGCUGCGUGCGCCACGCUGGGGGCCGCGCUGCUGCUAUGGAUCGGACCGUGGACGUUACUACAUAUGCGGAAGGACGCGGCGUCUCUGGCGCCGCUUUUCGGUACAGAGGGAUUAUCGGAGACGAAAGCUGGCUUGCUGGCGGCGGCAGCUGUCAGGACAUCAUUGCAGGAGGGAGGCGUGCUCACUGGUGAGACGCCACAACAAGAAGCCAUCCACACCCUCGCAUUCGACCCGGCAAAUCUACCGGAUACACCCCCACCACCUGGGCCUCCCCCACCACCACUCAUUACAUUUGUCGUAUUAUGGAGCCCGGAUCACCGCACGGCCAACUACCUCCCGAAUUUCUUCGCGUCUGUCGGCGCGAACCCGCGCAUCGAGAUCCUACUCAUCAAAUUCGACAAAUACAACAUCGGGAAGGACGUAUGCGAGCAGGAGCGCGCGCCGCACAUCAAGAACAUCCGGGAAGUCUGUCUUCCGUUGGAGGAGUACUACCGCUUGCAUGCGGACUACCUGUGUCAAGAGUGGGGAUGCACGGAGGAGCAGCAGAAGACCGUGCGAGAGGUCGUCAAGAAGCGUUUCGAGGAUGGUGACCGGGUUAACUCGUCUUACCGCCCGUUCCGGGCCGAGGUGUUCAAGCAGUUCAUCGACGAUCGCGUCAAGCUAUGGGGCUGGUGCGACUUGGACAUGAUGCUCGGCUCCUUGGAUCGCACUUUCCCGUGGGAUCUCGUCGAUAACUACGACGUCUUCGUCGCGGGCGCGCCAACCGGCAACCCGAAGAUGCAGCUCUUCAUGCCGGGCCACAUGACGGUCUUCCGGCGCACUCCCGAAGUCGCGCGCGAGUUUCUCAAACUUGAGGAGGUCUCGUCGUACGACAAGUUCAUGACCAUGGACUGGAUCAUCCGCCCGGAGUCCGACGGUUGCGAGGAGGGCGAGUACUCGCACGCUCUACUGGUACUCUCGAACUUGAGAUGGUUGCGCUUCGACGCAGUCAUCGACUCCACGCACCAUAUCAGCACUCUGGACGGCGUCUACUCGAUCGAGAACUGGAACUGGAUCAAACAUUCUCUAGUGGACGGCGUCGAGCUCCCCGCUGCCGACGAAGCGUUCUUGCGCCCUGAAAUCAGAAGGCAGAUCAACGCCGCUCUUCGCAGACACCGCGACAACGCUGUACGGGAGCCGUCAUUCACGUCCGCAGGACUGGAAAGCGAGAUCGCCGUUCGCACGGACGACGAGAUCGUCGAUGGCUGGUUCCUCUGGUUCCCUCGCCGCUACGCCGUGCUGUACAUGUCAGAAAUUGGGCCUACACUGGAAGGCGGCGGGCGCAACCACAAGCGGUAUACAGGUCGCACGGAUUCCGCAGGCCCAGUAACGGAGCGUUUCGAGCCCAUACGGAUGGACAUGGUUCUCGAGCCGCUCGCGCCGAUCGGCGACUGGUACUACAGCGAGCACAACCGGCCCUGGCUACGUGAGUCGCUGUACAAUCACUUCCAGAACGAAAAGUACAACAGCUGGUGGACGUUGCCGGAUCGGCCGCUCGCGCCUGGAGAGGUGCUGUAUAUCGAUAAAGAUACGGGCGCGCAUAUAUGGAACGAGCACGCUGAUAUUAUGUGGCAAUCGUCUUGGCCGCAUUCAUGA